UUAAACGGUUUUAUUGGAUUGAAAACUAUUUUUGUACUCCGCUCUAGCGUAACGAAUUAUUUAGCUAAUGAAAAACAAACAAUAUUGACCGUUAACGCACAAGCGUGGUUUAAUUCAUGUACAACUAGUAGUAAUCUAUUUAUUUUUGUGUAAAUUCGUUUGUAUCUUGACCAACGACACAAUGGAUUUGGAUAGAUCGGGAUUGAGUGCGGACGAGUAUUACGUGACGGCGCUGCAAAUAUUUGAUUAUUGUGGCGUUGAGAGUACGGGCACGUUGCGUGUUGACGCUUUGAUGGACAAAUUCGCACCUUUCGUGAAAACUAACAAGGCUGAAUACAGCUUCCUGAAAGCCUUGUUGGAUCCAGAAGAAGAUAAUCCAGAAAUAAAUGUGUCAAUGUUAGCCAAAACACUGCACAAGUACAGUGAGAAUCAGAAAUCAAAAGAUUUGGAUGAAAGUUUUAAUUUAAAGAGUGGAGCGCCUCAAGAUUCGGACUCAGGCAUAUCUACAGAUGGAUCCCAGCUAGUAGAAGACCUGCAGUGUGAGCUGAGAGAGAAGGCCCACCUGGCUCACCAGCUCCGCUCGCAGCUGGACUUCACCGACCGACAGCACGAGGAGGCGCUCGCAGCACUCACCGCUGAGCGGGACUCGCUGAGGGCACAUCUUAAUAUGUUACGCGAAGAGAACAUGACUUUAACCCACGUUCGCCGCGACUACGAAGAAGCGUGUGAGCGUCUGUGUAGUAGCGACCGAGCGCUGGAGGAGACGCGCAGAGAGCUCGACGCUGUUAAACGACGCUCCAAGGUCAUGUUGGAACAGGUCUCCACGCUGGAGAAUGAUAAACUAACCCUACAAGAGCUCCUAACAAAAUCAAAGGCGGAAUGCCACCGCAUCAACGAGAUGUAUGCUGCCCGUCAAUCUGCGCUUCUAGAGCAGAAUGAAGCGCUGCGCACUGAACACGCAGACCUGUCCUCACGCCUGCAGGACCAGGAGGAGUUCGUGCAGCAGAUGAUCAAGGAGAAGGUACUUCUCGAGAUGGAGCUAAAAGACGUGCUAAACAAGUCCAACCAGACACAGUUACGUAUGGACCGCAGCAUUGACAUCAGCUACACAGAAGAACAGAUGCUCACCGCUCUCGACAGUCUCAACGCUGACACGAGGUUUUCUUCAGAAAACCGUAUCCUAGACGAAGAGUCAUUCAUGAACGCUUUAAAAGAAGACCAGGGUCGAGGAACCAACAUGUCCUUAUUUGACGAAAUACGUUACAGCUUCUGUAACAUGUCCCGCCUCAAUAACACAGGUUCUAACAGCAUUAUCUAUGACAAAAACUUUGAUUGCUCCUUCACUAAUACCGGGACACAAACAGAUGAAAUUCUACCCAAUGACUGUUACGAUAAAGUUGAUAACACUAAAUCAAGUACAUCGAGUACUCAGACAGAGGAUAUAGAACCUACAAACAAUAAUAACGUCCAUUCUAAAUGUCUAGAAUGUGAGAAAGUGAAUAGCUAUAACGAGAAGUUAGAGAGAGACGUUAAUUUGUCCCAUCGGACUAUGAAUGAUAUGCAAUUAGAGUUAGAACGAUACGAAGGUAACUUGAACUUGCUUGAGAAGUUUGUAGCUGAGGGUAAUGAGAGGAACAGUGUGCUGCAAGGCAUUGUCAGGAGUUUGGAGUCGAAGAUCAGCUUCCUAGAAGUGGCGUGUGCUAAGCAAGGAGACAGGCUGGAUAGCUUGACGCCUGAGUGUUCCGCUUUUACACAAACCCAGUGGGAUACAGCUAACGUGUCGACACAAAUAGACGUGCCCUGCGUCGACUGCGAGAAACGGAACGCCGUCGUGCCACAUCGCAGUUUUAGGAAAUUCUUAUGGGAGCCACUCAAAUGUCUAUUCCAACUGUUCGCCGUGGUAUGCUUCCUCUGCGCCAUCUCCGUGCUAUACGGCGUGACGAGGCGAAGCCCUACCGCCUGUGUCCGCGAGCCGCUGCCGUGGCGCUGGAUGGACGCUCAGGACAUCAUGGACCUAUUGCUAAGAAUAGAGUAUGUGGCUGACGUACCUAUGUAAAGUCACCUUUGAGGUUGGUUGUGUUGUCUAUGGAGUUUGGUGUUGCCAGUUGUAGAAGUCGUUAGAGCUUUUGGUAAGUUUUUAUUUGAAUUGAUAUGUCACAAGAUAAAGAAGGACUAGGACGACAUUCAUGUAACUUUAAUUCAAAAUUAUAAUAUUUUAAGAUCGAUUUGGAAAUAGAAUACAGUAAAACCCCUUUUUUUUCAGUCUGACUGAUUAUUUUGGAGAUUAUUGUGUGUCUAACGACUUUUAUAGCUGGUCAAAUAUGAUGGAAAUAACCAUAGAUCGAUGGUCUAUCAUUUGUUGCUCGAAAACAUUUUCAAGUCAAAGAUGUUUUUUUGGAAUAAAUAAUGCAGGACAAAAACGUUUGUCGUAAGUUUUUUUCAAUUGAUUGAUUGUAAGGCAAGUUCCUUUAAUGACCAAAAGAACGUACAUACUACGUUCAACCUUUAAAAUAUCAUUCUUUUUCUAUCGGUUAUUUCAAAUCGAUAGAGGUAGCGUGAUGUUUUAGAAAAAAAUACUGGAAUUGUAUGAAGGAUUUUAAAAGCAGGCCUUAUUGUAAAAAAAAGUAUUUUUUAAAGGUUUUAUGACAGUUUAUACAAUAACCAAUAAUAAAUAUUGUAUUUAAUUAGACGCUAUUUCUUUAUAAAAUCGACUUAGCUCGAAAUAAGGCUGAUACGGAGUUUCUUAAAAGUGUAAUUUAUUUCCAGAUCUGCAAUGCAAAUUGUUGUAAAAAACAUAGUACUCAAUCUAUUAAUACAGUAAUUAUUAAAAGUUGUUUCUUUAUACUUAUUUUCCUGAUAACUAACUCUUAAAAUUAAUUUGUCCUUUAUCUGCAUUUAAAGAAUGCCUUUGUCUUUUUUAUAAUUUGCAUGAUAGUUUUAUUAUAAAAUGUAAUUUCAUGUUGAAGUCUGUAAUUAGUGCUUUAUUUUAUAAAAAUAGGUUGUGUGUUUGUAAGAAAACUCUUGACCAUUGAAAAUAUCGAGUGAUAAAUCAAUUUAAUUAAUUGUAGAAGAGUAUUUUGUCAAAAAUACUAUAUUUCUACGAGUUUUAUAACUACAUUUUUUCAUUAUUAUAAACUUUUCAGGUUUUAUUUUUAUUUUUAAAGACCUAGCGUGAGCAAGUUAAUGAAUGAUUGUUUAACAUCUAAUAUUUUCAUUAUUAUAGGUGAGAACAAAUUGCAUACACCCUUGGCAAUGCCCUAACUACUAGUUUAUGUAAUAUUUUUAGCAGAUUCCUAUUCAAAAUAAUUAGUAACUCGAAACAAACCAUUUCUGUGAUACAGCAGUGCCAGUGAAUUAGAUUAUAGAUAUUUAGCAUUUAUACAACCUAAGACUAUUUGGUAUUAUCUAACUUUGGUAUAAGUUUUAAAGUAUGACAUUUUCAAAUUAACAAAAAAAUAUUUACCAAAAAUUAAAUUUUAUUUUGUCUGCAUUGUUUUUGUGAUGCAUAGUUUUUAGUUAGUUAGAACUUAGUUUUAUAGACCUUUUGAUAAAUAAACAUGGAACCCAUUUUAAAGUCGCAAUGUUAUUAUUUUUUUAUUCAUCAGCUUUGGCAAAUUGAUGAAUAAAUUUAAGCCAAAUUCUGUAUUUUUUAAAUUUGUAAAUUUAAAAUAUAUAGUAAUAUAAAAUAUUAUUACUUUGACGACAAUAACUUUUCCUUCAUAAAUAAAAGGUCUAAACUCUAUAUUAUAUUUGCGAAGUUUACCAACUUAAGUAUUGAUAUUAUUGUAAAAUAUUCACAUAAUUUUGCUUUAUUUUAACUAACUCGGCAUUUACGAUGCAUUUAUUUUUAGUAGAUCUGUUUUUGUAAUUUAGUUUAGUCGAUUAAUCGAGUCGCGUUUGCGAUUGCGAAUAAUCGAUUGUCAGUGCAUUUAUUGUUUAGUUAAGUUUGUGAAAUGUGCGCGUGUCGUACUCAAUAUGUUUAGAUUGUAUUAUUAUUGAUUUUAUUUAUGGGAUAACGUGAAUUGUGACCACAAAAAAUGCACACUAUUAUCACCAUAAUAUACUUGUAUAAGGCAAUAUCUUGUACUUAUAAUUUAUAGCUUUCUUUAUUUUUCAAAAUUGAUCCAUUCAAAAUUCCUUACUAACAAAAGAACUGUGACAUUUCGUCGUAAGAAUGUAUGUAUGUGUUAAUUUUGUGAUCACAAUUCAUGUUUAUUAUUUUGUUUAAUUAUAUCAAUUUUAAUCACUUGUCGUUCUGUAUAGCAAUAAACGAGAUCUUCCUA